CAGGAAAAGCGCAGAGGAGACGCCGCCGAGAUUGAAGGGGGAGAAGAAAACAGUUAUAAAAGAAGAAGAAAAACAUGGACAUUGACAGGCGUAGCUCCGCGCCUCUGACGCCAUCCCCUCGGCUUGGAUUUUAGUGUUCAGUGUGCCACAGGACUGGGAGCGGCGCAUCCCAUAUUCCACUAUGCUGGACAACCUGAGGAUAAUGCCAGCGAAUGGAGGAAAUCUUCGGAAACCCCACAAACGCUAAACUGCUCCGUGGCGGCAGGGUUUAGAGGAUUUUUAUCGGAGCUUCGGGACAUAAAACUGAGCGUGGUGCAGAUGUAACCGCGGUGCGCCCUUGGGUAUCGCCAACUCGCCGUCCUCCUCAAUAUCAGGCCACAUUCAAAGUUUUUUCAGGAGAAGGGGAAAUUUGGUGCAUUGAAUUCCUCUGGACGGGAUGUCAUCCGCUGCUAGGAGGAAUUCCUCAGGCUGACUGAUAUUCCAGUUGCAGUGUAACGGGAUCCUGAGAGUCCUGGGGUGAAGAUGGGUGAUGCGGCAGAGGAGAGGGGGAUGAGACGGACCUUCAUCGUCCCCGCGAUCAAGGCUUUCGAUCAUUACGACUUUACAAGGGCUAAAAUAUCAUGCAGCCUGACGUGGCUUGUGGCCAAAGCUUUCGGCUCGGAUGCGGUGCCAGAGGAGCUGGCCGAGCCUUUCUACAGGGACCAGUACAACCAGGAGCACCUGAAGCCGCCUGUGGCCUGCCUGCUCCAGUCUGCAGAGCUCUACUGCAGGGCGGGGAGCCUCAUCCUCCGCAGCGACGCCGUCAAACCCUUACUGGGACACAACGCUGUCAUCCAGGCCCUGGCCCAGAAAGGCCUGUACGUCACCGACCAGGACCGGCUGGUCACUGAGAGAGACCUGACCAGCACGCCCAUACACAUGAGCUCCCACCUGGCUCUGAUCGACACUCUGAUGAUGGCCUACACGGUGGAGAUGGUGAGUGUGGAGAGAGUGAUGGCCUGCAUCAACAGGUACUCCACAGCCGAGCCCUCGCACAGCGACGGACACCUCCAGGAGCUGCCUUACGACACCGAGGACGCAAUCACCACCUGGAUCAACAAGGUGAAUGAGCACCUGAGGGACAUCCUUGUUGAAGAGCAGAAGCUGAGAGAGGCCUUCUGCCAGGAGUCCAACAGCACAGCACACAAGGCUCGCUACAGGAGAGAGCAUGCCCAGCAGAGGAGCGCUCCCUCGCUCCCCCUGGUGGAGAACCUCCUGAAGGACAACACAGAUGGUUGUGCCCUGACCGCCCUGCUGCAUUUCUACUGCCCAAAAGCCUUCAGACUGGAAGAUAUCUGCCUGAAGGAGACCAUGUCUUUGGCGGACAGUCUGUACAACCUCCAGCUGGUACAGGACUUCUGCAGGGACAGCCUCAACCACUGCUGCCACUUCAGCCUGGAGGACAUGCUGUAUGCACACGCAUCCAUCAAGAGUAACUACCUGGUGUUUAUGGCUGAGCUCUUCUGGUGGUUUGAAGUCGUUAAACCCUCGUUUGUGCAGCCCAGAGUCUUCGACCCACACGUCUGCGAGGCUCUCCCGCCCUGUAGAAACAUGGCUCCUGUGUCCAGCCCAGUCAAACAGAGUUACGCAGACAGACCUGAGAGUCCAGAGAGCAUCCCUACUGAAGGUGUGAUGAAGAGAUCCACCUCUAUGUCCUAUGUGGAUGGCUGUGUGGGGACAUGGCCCAAAGAGAAGCGCUCCACAUCUCGAGGAAUCUCCUUUGAGAUUCCUCUGGAUGGAGACCCGACUGUCCUGCCCAGUGGGGGUCCAUCCCUCCGCGGCAUGACUCGUUCUGCUAGCACGGAUGGCCUUGGCUUCAAAGUUCACUAUGCACCACGAGGAGGCAUGAAGCGCCACCUCUCCCUCAUGCCUGUCAAUGUAAAUGGCCAGAGUGGGAGCCGGCACAUACCAGAGGAGGACGAGGAGUUCACCUCCCACAAAUCCCUGGGGCGCAGCAACACAUUCUCCGUCAAGAACCAAAGCAGACAUCUCCCUAGGUACUCCAAUGGAGUCAUCGCAGACAGCAACCACGACUCCACCAAUCACCACGGUAACCACAGUGGCCAUGUCAGCCCAUCAACGCCUCCGAGCAUUGAGGAGGCCCUGAAGAUUAUCCACGACACAGAGCGGCCCCAUGCUAGCUUGGGCCUAGGGGAUGGGGACAAUGGUUUCUUCCUCCAUUCCACAGACCCUCCAGAUCCUCCCGGGGCCCAAGGUCAAGGAGAUGACCCGGCUUCAGCUAAGGCCCGGCUGAAUGACAACGACCCCAACUCUGUCUCCACUGAGGAGGUAGACACAGGCAUCCAUGUGAGGACAGAGGACAUCCAAAGCUUGGAUGAGGACUCCUCAUCUCUGAGAGACUAUUCAGAUAUAGACCCAGACUGUGAGGCCAUGACCAGGUCAUGUCCUCUACCUGACCGGGUGGAGAGGGAGAGGUCGGGCAGGGAAGGAGGUGACACUAACCGUGCAGGCGAGAGGGGAGAAGGAAGUGAGAGGAGCAGCCCUUGUCCCAGUUCGGUGCCCACGCUCCCCAGAUCCCACACAGUCAGCCCUGUGUCAUCCUCUGGUGGCUCCGGAGGUGCCAUGGUCCGGAUGACAAGCUUUGCAGAGCAGAAAUUCAGAAAGCUGGAAGGAAGGAGCAGUGGAGGAACCACACCAGAGAGUUCAGAGCUCAACGUACCUUAUACACACCCCACAAGAACCAGUCCCUCUGAGAUUUCUGGCCCCCCUUUGCCAAUCACAUCUCCUUCUCCAGUCACGCCUUCCCCCAGAGACCCCUCUCACCUGCUGGCCUCAGAGAUGGUACAUCUGAAGAUGAAGCUGGAGGAGAAACGCAGAGCCAUCGAAGCUCAGAAGAAGAAGGUGGAGGCAGCUUUUACCCGUCAUCGCCAGAGGAUGGGCAGAACAGCCUUUCUGAAUGUAGUAAGGAGGAAAGGAGUCACUUCACCCCUUAGCCCCAGCCCAGGGGGAGCAGAAACACCUUCCCCAGAGCCGCUCACAUCCUCCAAGGACACCGGCGAGGGCAGCAUGGGCCGAGUGGAGCGGUGCAAGCCAGAUGGAGCAGCUCCCAAGUCUCCGUGUGAAGAUGGUGGAGGUGUGGCACCGGGGGAAAUUGAUCUUACAGAGUACACACGCUCCAUUGAGAGGCUGAACACAUCGCUGGGCUUCCUGCAGACAGAAAUGCAGCGUCUGGCCCAGCAGCAGGAGAAGAUCAUGGCCAUGAGAGAGCAGCAGCAACAAGCCUGGGUCAUUCCUGCUCCUGCUCCAUCUCCACACAGGCAGCUCCGUGAGCUACGUAGCAGCAGUGUUGCAGGUCGGGGAUCGGGCCGAAGCUCAGUGGGGUCCUUGUCCCCAAUUCUGUCCUCCUCUGGCUCACCCCGUGCUCCACAUCGUGCCCCUGCUGGCAUUAAGCGGCGGCCUGCCUCUUUCCACGCCAGGACACCCCGAACCCCACGGCCAAAUGAUCUGAAGGUCACUCCCUUCAGCCGGAUGCUCAAUACGCCAACCUCAGUGGACAGCCUACCCAGACUGAGGCGUUUCUCCCCCAGCCAGACCCAGAUCAGCUCUUUUGCUUACCUGGGCCAUGACGAGGGGCCGAACCAGACCCAGGACGACAAGGACAACCAAGAGAAGGAGAAGGACAAAGAAGAGACAGCUGCAAAGAAGAGUGCUGGCACUCCUCAGUCGCCUACUAAAGAAUCAGCCAAAGAGAAGGAGGGGGUGAGACAGGAGGAGAGGAGAGAGGCAAAGUUGAAGGAGGAGGUCAGACAGACAAGGCCGUCGGAGGUACUACGUCAGCCGGUGUCUGAGCUCCAGGGGGCCGGUGGCAGCCAGGUGAAGGCAGACCGUCAGGACAGGAAAGACCUUGUGAAAGUGCCUCUGUCCAGGCUGAAGCCUCCAAAUGGCCAGGAUCAGGAGAUGGCGGGAGAGGGAGAGGCAGGAGGAGACAUGUACGGAGAUGACCAAAAGAUGUGCUGUGGAUUCUUCUUUAAAGAUGAUGCAAAAGGGGAGGAGGACAUGGCGGCAAAGAGGGCAGCCCUGCUGGAGAAGAGGCUGAGGAGGGAGAAGGAGGCUCAAGAGAGGAAGCAACAGCAGGAGCUGGACCAGGAGCAGAAGAGGGAAGCUGCACGGCUGAAAGCAGAGGAGGAGCAGCAGAAGAAGGAGGAAGAGAAAGCGAGGAGAGAAUACAUCAAGAAUGAGUAUUUGAGGAGGAAGCAGCUCAAACUGAUGGAGGACAUGGAUGAUGUCAUCAAGCCCCGACCCGGGAGUCUCAAGAAGAAGCCACGCCCCAAAUCCAUCCACCGGGACGUCAUGGAGUCCCCUAAACCCCCUGUGAAAGCAACAGGGGUGCGUCCACGAGGAUUCUCAGUCUCCAGUGUGUCUUUAGCCUCUCUCAACUUGGCUGACAACGACAGCAACAAGAGGACCCCCAGAGGCAAUAAAGUAGCUUCAGGCCAUAUCUCUUUCUUUCUAAGCUCUCCCAAAGAGAGAAAGGGGAGGCCGGACUCUGCCGAGGGCUUUUCCUCCUGCCCGUCAGCUGGAAGUCGAAAUGGAGAGAAGGACUGGGAGAAUGAGUCGACCACCUCCUCCACUCCCUCCAACACUGAGUACACAGGACCCAAGCUGUACAAGGAACCCAGUGCCAAGUCUAACAAGCACAUCAUCCAGAAUGCCUUGGCUCACUGCUGCCUGGCUGGCAAGGUCAACGAAGGGCAGAAGAACAAGAUACUUGAUGAAAUGGAGAAGUCAGAGGCCAACAACUUCCUGGUGUUGUUCCGUGACGCGGGAUGCCAGUUCAGGUCUGUGUACACUUACUGCCCCGAGACCGAGGAGAUCACGAAACUGGCUGGCAUCGGACCCAAGAACAUCACGACCAAGAUGAUCGAGGGCCUGUACAAGUACAACUCGGACAGGAAGCAGUUCAGCCACAUCCCAGCAAAGACCAUGUCCGCCAGCGUGGACGCCAUCACCAUCGCCAGCCAUCUGUGGCAGACCAAGAAGCAGGGGACACCCAAGAAACUGCAGCCUAAGUAGUGCCACAUGUCCGGACUGCAUUUGGACAUGAUUCUCUGCCCUACUGUGGAGCAGAUAUAGAAGAAUUUGUGGAUAUUGUUUUUUGUUUUUUUUUUCAUUAAAGGAACACAUGGCCCCACUGGUAUCAUUCACAACUGGAAAGUAGAACAGAAGCUUCAACAUAAGGGCUUCAUCACAGACUUUAAUGUCGCGAUGCAGAACUGACUGUGACACUCGAGACUGUUUAAAUGGGGCACGUGUGUGUACUUGUCAGCAUGUGUAUCCAUGUUCUUGUGUGCCAAAAAAACAACAAAACAAAAAAGAAAGAAAAACAAAAUAGGCGGACCAAUGCCUUAUCUAGCUGAACCACUGAAGCACUGAAUGUCACUCCUCUGAAAGAGGCAGAGUUUGGUUUCCCUAAGUUGAUCAUGUGUGGCCUUAUGCUUGUUUUGUGUCAUGUGGAAGCGCCGUGAGUGUUCGUGUCAUUCUGUAAGCACCUGUCACAAAGUCGGUUGUGAUGCAGGAGAGAGGUUGUGUGUAACCACAGGUCUGGGAUCAGAUUACCCUCCCUCACUCCCUAAUCCCUUGAAGAAUGAACCGUCUGAUCUGGAAUCAGAUAGAGGCAGCAUGUUUGGAUGAGAGUUUUGCUGCUAUACAGGCAUGCUUUCCCAUGUGACUGAGAAACCGAACAGAUUUGUGUAAUGUGAGUGAAAUAGUGAAGUGCCAAGCAGAGUGAGGAAAAAUACCUCAGUUGUUGAUCGCCAUUACUUUCCGUCGGUGUAAAAUGAUGAGAUUGUUUAUUGAGUAUCAUCAAACCAAUUCUGGAAAGCACCUGCAACUGACUUUAUUUAUUUCAUUUUGAUAAUGCUACGGAGAUCUUUUAAAAAGCAUUUGAGAUUUUAUUCAGAGAAGCGUAAUAUACUAUAUGUCUAUAAGUUAAAUUAGUUUGUAUAUACUGGCUAUUCCAUUCAAAAUGAAUGAGUUGGCUUUUAGUAGCUUUUGAGUAGCUUUUUAUCAUUUAUCAUGUAUGCAUAUCAGUAUAUUGUUGUAUGGGGCCUUUUAUUGUACUACAAAUGCAAAAAGUGUGAUCACUCAGCAGUGUCAUUGAUACGACCAUCAUCGGUAGUAGAAUAGCCAGAAAUUCCACCCCAUGUCAUCAGUCUGUGCAAUCUAAAAAUAAGUUGAGUAAUUGUUAUCAUAAAGCAGUUGGAACGUACAGAUAUUCAACAUGUCACUUUAUUGUGGAUAUUGUCUUAACUAUUAGGUCCUAAUUACCCUCACAGCGGUCCACAGUUGUAAAUAAAAGUCUCAGUUCACCUGUGAUAGCACUUAUGACCCUGUCCACUGUAGUCGAGUCUAAUCACGAAAGAUAUUUCCACUCCAGUACUGUCAUGCUUGUUAUUUUACUUUUUUUCUCGUGUUCCUGUUUUUAUUAUGUGUUCCUUUAUUAUGUGUUCACGCUGUACAGAUAUAUUUUGGCAUAUAGAGGUAUUUUUUGUAUCCACAUGUACCAUUUGGAGGUGUUGAUUAAGCAGCACAAAUGUACAAGGAAAUAUGAUGAAAGCAAAGUGUAGCUGGGGAGGAUGGGCAGGCUCUAGGCAUGAAGUCUUCACUUCAGGCUUUAUUGUGGUAUAGUACAGUAUGAAAUUAUCAAACCCAAUAAGUAUAUUGAAUAAGUCAUACUAUUUUUUCCAACUCCGAAUUAGUUUUUCUUUUCAAUUUACUAGAUAUGCUCAAUAGUUCAUGGAUUUUUUUUUCUAUUCCUUUGAGCUUUAUUAAAAUGCCAGCUAUCAACAGUG